GCAGAAUACUAGUGCGGUAUUGCACUUUUAUCUCCUGUUUUGAUUGUAGGUCAGAAGAAGUAGUGCUCAACUACAAUCCUGUACUUUGUUGACCAGAUCUACCUGGCCUGUGGACAAAAACAAUGGCGCUAAUCUCCCUUGAGGAUCUUGAUGGAUUGGAGGAUGAAGAGCUGGACAAUGAUAUCACUGACAACCCUGAGCCAAUGGAAGAUGACGAACAGCAGCGGCUGUACACCCAUUGGCAGGCGAUCGCCAGCACACACCAGGUGUCCGUCCCCCGAGAAAUGACAGGACCAAUUCAAGAGCUGACGCAGCGGAACCAAGCCCAAGAGAGAGAGCAGGUCCCCUUUUCCUCCAUCUCUCAGCAUGAAAAGCUGGGCGAGGUGCUGUUUGAGGAGAGGGUGUACCCUGCAGGGAAGUGGGCGUGCAUCACUAAAGGGGAGAAGCUGUACGAGCAGAGCAUCUCCAUGGGCUUUAUGAAACUCAUGAAAUUCAUCUGCAAGGAAAACUCUGUCGGACGCUAUUUGGGAAUGACUGUACCCAUUGUGAACAGUAUCCAAAUGCUGGAGGACGGCAAUGGCUUUCAGAAGGACAUCUUGACGGCAUACUACCUGCCUGCUGAGUUCCAGGCCAACCCGCCCCAGCCAACUGACCCAGACAUCACCAUACUCCAAAGGGAGGCUUUACGAGUCAUCACUAUGACAUUCUUCGGCACCACCACGGAGGAGACAAUCAUGCCUCAAAUCAACCUGCUGUGGGAGAUGCUGGGCCCCAGCGAGGAGAUGCAUCGCAACUCCUACAUGGUGGCCGUCUACGACAACCCUGGGGUGUCCUGCCGCAGAAACGAGCUCUGGUUCAUCCGGCGAGACCCCUAAAUCUCUUAUAACAUCCUCCGGUAUCAUCCCGACACCCCCCUAUCCCACCCUUCUGUGCCUCUAGGGUCACGUUCAUUGGGCGCUAAAUGGAAUAAAAGGGACAAAUGGGGAAGGACUACCUGGACUUGGUCCAAUAAGCAGCACUCAUUUUUAGUUUCCGAUGCAAAAUGUUUAAAAAAACAUUUGUUUUUGUUUUUGCGUGCCAUAAUGAACACAACCCAGAUGAUUCCUGUAAUGGAGAUUAGAGUAUGGAUUAAAAUGGGAGGAAUGGCUCUUGGGUUGGUUUUAGCUGUAAAGAUGACAGGAUUACUUUAAAGAUGGUAUUAGGCAUAUAGUAGGGAUGGAAAAUACUUCUUUAACUUUCACUGAGAUUGUAUGUUUAUGCUCCAGAGGAGCACAAGGAAAGACUAACUUCAGUGGCAUUUAUACCUUAUACACAACCAAAUAUGGUGUUUAAAAUACCAGUAUAUUGUAUCUCUGUGAAAAACUGCCUGGGAAUUACAAGAGUUAACUCUUAUAUUUCCGUCACGUUUUAUCUUUAUUUUUUUUUACUUGCAUUUUAUGUAACAAAUUAGUGAUCUAAUCAUUGCAAACUAGUGUCACAUAAAAUGUGUGAAACACGCUGUUUUAGAAAUUGACUGAAAUUAAUUUACAUUUGAGAUUUUAGUAAUUUAGCAGAUGCUCUUAUCCAGAGCGAGUUACAGUAGUGAGUGCAAACAUUUUUAUUAUUAUUAUUUUUUUCGUAAUGAUGAUACCAUAACGUUUUUCUAAACUAUAAUGGUUAUGUCUUGUGGGACUGUAACCUAUUACUAAAAUGUUGUAUUUGCUGUUGACUAGAGUAGGCAUCCAGGUUUUAACUUUAUUAUUAGCCAUAGGUAAUUCUGACAACUUUAUCAUUCAAAGUUACUUGCUAUGAUAUGUGGGUGUCCUCUUACUCUUAACUGUCAUUGAAUUUUUUUUCCUGCUAGUGAAUUUUACCCACACUCUGCUGCUUUACCUACAUUUCGAGGCUGGUGUAGGGAUUUUGGGUAUAGGUGUCUGAAAAAGUAAACAACUGUUCUCAAACGACUAUCCCCCUUCCCCCAGCCUCAAAAUUAUAGACAGAUCUGUCACUUGUUACCUUCAGUUGCCACUAGGUGUCAACCAAACAGUAACGUUUGUGUAAUGUUUUUUUGUCUAUUUAUUUACUUAUUGGUGAAUAACGACUAUCUCACAAAUGAAUUGAUUGGUUUUGGUGAGGUUAGUUGUAAAUGGAGCUGAGACUGUGACCAGGCACUUUAGAUUUUGAGGAAGGCUCAAGCUUCAAGGCCGUCAGUGUAAAUCAGAAUUUGUUCAUAACUGACUUGCCUAGUUACAUUUUAUAAUUAUUUUAUUUUUUGAAGAUUCAUAACUAUAGUUAAUGAUGGUUGAGGAAUGGAAGUUUAAUUAAAGUGACUUAUGAACAUUUGUUCAGCA